UGGGAUACAGCCUUCGCCUCUAGACGCUUAAUAAGCACUUGUGAUGUGUGCAACUUUAUUUUUUUAAGCCGUGUAGUUGUGUUCAGUUUGAAAUGGAGCCCUCGCUGUACACCGUGAAAGCCGUCUUAAUUAUGGACAAUGAUGGAGAAAGACUCUAUGCCAAGUAUUAUGACGACACGUACCCUACAGUUAAAGAGCAAAAAGCUUUCGAGAAGAACAUCUUCAACAAGACUCACAGAACAGACAGUGAAAUCGCCUUGCUCGAAGGCCUUACUGUCGUUUACAAGAGCAACAUAGAUCUGUAUUUCUAUGUUAUCGGGAGCUCACAUGAAAACGAGUUAAUGCUCAUGUCCGUGUUGAACUGUCUGUUUGAUUCUCUCAGUCAGAUGCUGAGGAAAAAUGUGGAGAAGAGAGCCUUACUUGAAAACAUGGAGGGCCUUUUCUUAGCCGUGGAUGAGAUUGUAGACGGAGGCGUUAUCCUGGAGAGUGACCCCCAGCAGGUUGUACACCGAGUGGCCCUGAGGGGCGAUGACGUGCCUCUGACGGAACAGACAGUCACUCAGGUCCUGCAGUCGGCCAAAGAGCAGAUCAAAUGGUCUCUUCUCCGAUAGAUCUCACUUCUCCAUCUCUUCUACCAAGACAAUGGUGCAUUCAUCAUCACUCCUCUCAUCACUCUUGCCUAUUCCAUUUUCUUUCUUUCUUUUUUUUGUUCCUUGUUUUUCUGUGCUGUGAAAUUGUAGGCUCUCUUAAGGAAACAAAAAACCCAUAAAUACACUGAUUUUAUACCUUAAGAGAAGACUGAACAACAGAUGGAGCCCUAAAGUUUUAUGCAAACACUGUCCAUUUUUGAAGGCUUCUGUAAUGUGAUGCACAGACAGCAUGAAACAAGUCACUGUUAUAGAACCUUUUUUUUUUUUAAACAAUCCAGAAGACCGAGUGAGUACCUGCAUUGCUGUCUUUAACAGAGAUUUUCAAAUUAUUCCAACCCAAGCCGUGUUGUGUGCGCGCGCGUGUGUGCACUACAAAAGUGCGUGUGGUUUGUGAGGAAAUAUCACAAGACAAAUGUGAUUCAAGUACAUUCCAGUGAUUGAACCUUCCUGCUGUUUUCCAUGACCAUGUCAUGAUUGAAAUAAAAAAACGACUGUUUGACCAUCA